AUGUCUUUCCUUCAUGGAGUUCUUGAGAGUGUGAAAAACGAUGAUAACGUUACAACUUAUGAUAAAGAUAAUGAUUUCAAGAAUCUUCCUUCUUCAAUCAGUAAGUUGAUGCAUAAAGGUUCUCAUGGUUUUUCGCAGGCCAUCGCACAGGUCUCCGAUGCGCUCGGGGCGUGGAGCGGUGAGCUCGAAGAGCGGACCGAAAGAGCUAAGAAACUCUUUAAAAACUUAAUUAAUGAUAAUUGUGUUCACAUAAAUCAUUCACUUAACGCACUUAAGUCACUUGAAGGUGACUCACUUAGCGAGGUGCCCGAAAAGCUAGAGGCCUGCUUCGGCCAGGCCGAUCAGCUCCAUAAGAGCUUCGUGUUGGCAAAGGCGGCGUACUCUAAGCUAGACGGUACACUCAGAGAUAGGUUGCGUGACUACGUGCGACGUGUUGAGUUGGAGGUGGUGAGAUUUCACGCAGCUGCCACUAAUACGGAGUUGCGUGAGGUGGUGUUGUGUAGCCAUAGAGAGCUUAAGAGUCUCGCGAGUAGUGUGAAAGCAAUUGUUGAUGACCGUAUAAACACUAUGGAAAAUGACAUUCAUGAGAAAUUUUAUAAACAUAUUCAUGAGCCAAUAAAAACCGUUAGUAAAGAGUUGACAGAAUAUGUUCAAAUUUUAGAAAUCUGGGUAGAGCAGGCGCAGGGUCUCCUGACGGAGUCUUUACAGAUGGUUGGAGACAUUAUAAAGUUGGUUGGUGACGAGAAGGGCAAAUGCCCUGAGAAAAUUCGGACGGCGGCCGAAAAACUUAGGAAAGAUGCUGUGGCGCUGCACAAAGCGAUGACUACAGCUCAUGGGUAUAUUCAACAGCAGGUUAAGGAGACUACUAGGGCCGUCAAUGAGGAGCUUCAGAAUGCGGUAAUCACAGAUCUGCAAAAACUUAGAGACGCUAUUAAAAAGACGGUUGGAAGGUAUGUGACUAAGUUGGGAGGGCAGAUUACGAGUGAGCUCGGGAAGAUUACAAAACAAAUUGUUGAUGCCAGUGAUGAUUCGGCCUCACUCGGCAAAAUUGUAAAGCAAGCAGGAUCGUAUGCGCAGAAUUUCCCGGCUACACAUACGUCGCCCAUUGAAGAAUGGAUUGCCGGGAUUUUAAAAAAAGAUCCCGUUAAUAGAUUCAUUGAGAACUAUGUUUUCGGGGUCAAGGAGAUAGAAAAAAGAUUACGAGGUAAAGUCAGUACUAGCCCAAACCGGGAUGACAUUGAGGCUAAGGUUAUUGAAAUUGUUAAGACGCAGAUCAAUGCUAGGCUUACAAAUGUUCCAGCACAGAAGCCAUCUAUAAACACUGGCACCGUUGAUGGAAAGUUGAAAGAGAUUGCGACGUAUCUGAGUACGUACGCCGUCGGAGUGCGGGUUUUGAGACACUCGGAAGAUGAGAUCAUACAGGCGAUUGAGCAACAGCUCGAGAAAGUAGCAGAAUGGUCGUUGGAAAAACCAUCGGAGUCUAAAUACCAGGCUUACCUCCGAUAUGCCGUUGCGACUACCCUAUUUCUUCUUGCCGCAAUCGCCAAUCAAGCCGGCGCGCACAUUAGUAAGCUUGUUGAAGGUAGUGAGCUCGGCAAAAUAAAUGAAGCUAUAAAGGUAAUUACCAAUAUCGGUAACAGUCUAGAAACGGCACUUAUCAAUGGCGCAGACCCCGCCGCUAAGGACUUUAAAAGUAAACUUCAAUCCUUGGCUGAGAAGUAUAUUGAAGAGACGUAUGGUGGGGAAAAGGAACUCAUAAGACAUGUCAACGGUUCUACGGCGUCAUAUAGAAAAAAAGUAUUAUCCGUCACAGCUCUUUUGAAGGAUAUGCAGGAUAAUGACAAUGGCCUUGAAAAAUUGAAAGCGUUAAUGACGGGGAGGCCGAUCGAAAGAAUUGCCGGGAAGGAUCCGACGUACAAAAAUGGCCUCAGUCAGAAGCUAGAAAAGCUUAAAGGCUUUAUCGAUAAUAGCCUUUUUGGUGAUCCUAAUAAGUCCGUCAGAGCAAUUAAAGAACGUAUUGACAAUCUGAACAAUAGCAUCGUGAUCGCAUUGAACACAUACUCCACAAACAUCUACGAUGAUGUAAUUAAGAAAUAUGCCGACGAUGCCACCGCUGACAUCAAACAGUUCAUCUCCCAAGAGGUAGACAGGACGACCACUGCAAUCAGAGAAAAAACCAAAACGGAAUAUCACUCCAAAAUCAGCAAAUUGUUCGCAGACAUGGAAUCGAAAGUAAAGGAUGAAAAUUCAAGAAUAGAGAAGAAAAUUGCGGAGGACCUACAAAGCGGAGUAAAAGGGUUACUUAAGAGAAUGAAAGAAAAUAUUGGAAUGUUGGACACUUUGAAAAACCAGCGCGAAAUAAAAUUGGCAUCCCCUGAAUUAAAGACGUAUCUAGAGGAAAUGCUAACAUAUGUUGACAAUAACAUUAAUAACUUGUUACUUAAACGAAAACCCGACGAGGCUAUGCCGCAGUGCCCUGCUCAACUUUUAGGCGUGCGAACAUCUUUGCGUGUGCUGCUCGACGGACUCCAUGGGUCCAACCAUUAUGAUCACAAUUUUGCUGAGAACCUUGAUGAAUUUGAAAAAUCACUUUGCAGCUUGUCACCCAAAACAUUCGCGAACUCAUAUGCUCCAUUGUUAUUGGACGCAGUUAGUGACGGCGUAAAAGGCCUGGCCAAGCAACUGGGCAACGCAUACGUAAGCACGUAUUCUGGCAGUUCGAUUGAGUGGGGGUCUAAGACUGCUUUGUUACAAAAUGGUGAUGCCAAUUUAACUGUAGAAGCUACGAAAUGUGCAACAGUUUGUAUGACAGUUUUUCAUACUCUAUUCAACCAAUUGCAUCAUUUGUUUUAUAACAGUCUCAGGUCUUGGAGAAAGCACAAAAUAAAUGACGAUGGAACCAAACGUGGUUUGAAAAUUUACUUGCAGGGUCAAGGGUAUGAAAUCAAGAAUUUGACCACUAAGGAUUACACAGGUUGGAAUAUUGCUGGCAACCUACGAGACGCUUUCAGUAAGCAUGGUGAAUUCGACCAAGAGCCCGAAUCCAGGCAUGCUGAUUUCUAUAGCUAUUUUGUGUCCAUUAUAAAAUCCAAAGGUGUUGUAUCAAAGCUUUUUGGUUGCUUGGAAAAAUACAAUAAAGUCGGUCACAUGUCCACGUUUUCAUCGAGGAAACAUCCAUGCAGUGUAUUUGAAAUGCUUGGUUGGAUCAGUGGCUUGCAUUAUAACCCAGUGUACGAUAAGCUUCUAGCGCACAUUGAUUCCCUGAUUAAAAGCGAAACGGAUGGUGAACUCCGAAAUGUUCUAUUUGACUUACGUGGUCUACAAAUACCAUCAAUGUCAACGCCUAUAUAUGAUUUGUUAGUUACGAUUACCGGGUACGGUGAUGCCUCCACGUACUACGGCUGUGAAUAUUUAGGCAACAACCUCGGUCUAUAUUACCCCAACAGAGGGAGGAAUGCGUUGAUAUGCUCCUUGAUAUCUUCCGUAGAUUGUUUACCGUGCUCAAAUUUUUGCAAAAGCAGUGUCUACUCGGUCAAUCAGAUUUUGGUUGGUCUGACUGCCUUUACGGCAGGGACGUCUUCACUACCAAAUCACAAUGUAAUAGUCAUGCAAAUAGCAAACCAAAAGACCAACCAAAGUGCCAACCUAGGUGCCAGGCAAACACCAAACCAAACUGCCGACCAACGUCUCCAUUAA